CCUUUUCUUCCGAAGAGCACUUGAAGGCAGCACAAACGGCUACUGGCACAGUCGGGAAGCAAAAAUGGAGGAAUACCCUAAGCAACCCGAAAACCUCGACGACCCUCCCAACAGCCGGCUCUUCGUGGUCACAAGUCGGUCCAUAACCGAAGAUGAGCUUCGGGAAAGCUUCUCUGUGUUCGGGGACAUUCAUGGGGUUUGGGUCGUCAAAGAUAAGCAGACAAAGGAGUCCAAAGGCAUCUGUUACGUGAAGUUCGCCAAGUCGUCGCAGGCCUGUUUGGCAAUGGAGGAAAUGCACGGAAAAGUGCUGAUGGACGGGACUAAACCCAUCAAGGUGUUCAUUGCCCAGUCACGGUCUUCAACUAGACACAGAGACGUUGAGGACGAGGAGCUGACCAGGAUCUUUGUCAUGAUCCCUAAAACCUUCUCGGAGGAGGACCUUAAAGACACGUUUAAAGAAUACGGUGAUAUUGAAUAUUGCGUGAUCAUCAAGAAUAAGGCUACAGGCGAAAGUAAAGGACUGGGCUACGUGAGAUACUACAAACCCUCUCAAGCAGCGGUCGCUAUAGAGAACUGUGACAAAACUUACAGGGCCAUCCUGGCUGAACCUCGCACCAAGACCGCAGCACCAGAAGAGUACUCCGCGGGAGCACCCAGAGGUGAUUAUAUGGGCGGCGGUGCUGACAUGAACCAGUAUGCCUUCCAUAUGGCUGACCAUGGCAACUACCCUGUCAAUAUGGACUACCGCUCUGGGGAUCGCUUGGGGGACCGCCCUGGGGACUUCACGCGGUGCCUGAUGAUCUCAACACGGGCCACACUCACCCAGGAGCAGAUCUUCGCUCUCUUUGACAUCAUUCCUGGCAUGGAAUACUGUGAACUGCAGAGAGACUCUUAUGGGUUGAGCAAAGGUCAUGCUUUGAUUCGCUACAGUAAUCUUGGAUCAGCUGUUUACGCCAAGGAAAAGCUGAAUGGCUUUGAAUAUCCCCCUGGCAACAGACUGGCAGUCAAUUUUGUUGACGACGGAGAGGACCGCAGCAGUCCUGUAGGUCGCAUGGCGAUGCAGUUUGUUGCAACCCAGAUGAUGUCUUCAGCGUGGAACGGACAUUCUUCCAGCCAAGGAAUGAAACCUCCUAGCUAUCCUGCUGUCGCCCCAAUGCCCCGGGUUCAGACAGACGUCAACCUGCCCCCUCUGAAGAAGCUCGCUCCACCCGACAGCAAGGCAAAGGAGCGCUUGUUUGUUGUCUUCAGCCCCGCCCCACUGCCCCCAGAUGUGCUGGAGGACGUUUUCUGUCGCUUUGGUUCCCUGAUUGAGGUCCAUCUGGUUCCUGGGAGGAAGGUUGGAUACAUGAAGUAUGCAGAUAAACAGUGUGCCGACGAUGCCUUGGCAGCACUCCACGGUCGAGUCGUCAAUGGAGUAAAGAUGAAGGUGAUGCUGGCUGAUCCUCCCAGGGAGGAAUCUCAUAAACGUCCUCGUACCUACUAGGACCCCGGGACAGAAAUGACCGGCGACUGUUGUCAUGACACAAUGACACCUGACCUGACCGACCGACCGACCGACAUCAAGCCCUUGUCUCGACCUCUUGACACGACCCUUUUGACACCUGUCUGACUCACUGAUAGAACAAGUAACCGCUAGCAUCCACUACUAAAGCAGUCUUAAUCCCACACAGUCUGUAAGCAGCAACAACAUGCACAGUGUGUGUCGUUUGUGGUAAGCUUCAUGCAUUAAAUGCCAAUUUCAUUUUUCUUUUUCUUUUUUUAAACGUAGAUAAUGAAUCAUUGUAGUUCAGGUGAUUGGUAGCAUUUUAUUCUGGGG